ACCCAAUCCAGAACGGGAAUGGGUUUACGAUUACGAAGGCGUUCCUCACACGUCACGCUCUGGCAAUUGAACUAUAAAACCCCCUUCGAUUCGACGCUCUUCAUUCUUUGUCACUCCUUCUCUUCUUUCCCUCCUUCUCAGUUCUCUUUCCCAUUCCGCCUUUGAACCCACUACAUAUUUCACCGCCCUAGCUGAAACUGCUUCUUCAGCAGCGCCACCUCUUUUCUUGAUCUGCACGGCGUCGUUUUCUUGACAUGUCUUACGACUACCUUUUCAAGUAUAUCAUUAUCGGCGACACAGGUGUUGGCAAAUCAUGCUUGCUUCUGCAAUUCACCGACAAGAGGUUCCAACCCGUCCAUGAUCUGACUAUUGGUGUGGAGUUCGGCGCUCGUAUGAUCACCAUCGACGGCCGACCCAUCAAGCUCCAGAUAUGGGACACUGCUGGGCAAGAAUCUUUUAGAUCAAUAACUAGAUCAUACUACAGAGGAGCUGCUGGAGCACUUCUAGUUUAUGACAUUACAAGGAGAGAGACAUUUAAUCAUUUAGCAAGUUGGCUGGAAGAUGCCCGGCAGCACGCUAAUCCUAACAUGACAAUCAUGCUUAUAGGAAACAAGUGUGAUCUGGCUCACCGACGGGCAGUGAGCAAAGAGGAGGGGGAACAAUUUGCAAAGGAAAAUGGGCUUUUAUUCUUAGAGGCUUCUGCGAGGACGGCUCAAAAUGUGGAAGAGGCUUUCAUUAAGACUGCUGCUAAGAUUCUUCAAAACAUCCAGGAAGGUGUAUUUGAUGUAUCUAAUGAGUCGUUUGGCAUAAAGGUUGGGUAUGGACGCCCGCUGGGUCAAUCAGGGGCUAGAGACGGUACAGUUAGUCAGAGUGGUGGGUGUUGCAGCUGAUUUUGAGGAAUGCCAGCUACUGUAUUUGAUCCUUUCGGCCCAACUAUACCUGCAAUUUAAUGUUGUUGAAUACACACAAGAAUUGUCUUGAGAAUAAUGGAUAGCACUAAAGUUUCUUGUAUAGUUCUAAUCUCAAGCGUUGCAAAAAUUUUAACCUAAGAUAUGAAAGCCUGAUUGAGUAUCAUACGCCUUUCAUAAAAAUUUUAAGAGCUAGGUUGUUACUCUUGUUUGCUACUGCAUUGAAACAAUAUACCCAUUCUCAAGCUAUGUGGAAAAUGGUGCAAUUGAUACCCAAUUAGCAACC